UGUUGGGCAGCCAACAGUUACAUGCUCAAGUAAGCUUAGAUCAACCGAAUGGUAUUGAACAGAUUGAGGUAUGAAACGAAGCUUGAAUUGGAGUCACGAUUCCAGAGUGACCACACAAAUGAAGGAUCAAGAUAGUGGGUUAGGGUGCCUCAGAAUGUCCCUUUCUUGUUGGAACAGAAAAUUGUCCUCUCUAAUCCUCCCAGGGGAAUUACCCCCUUAUAUAGAGACAUUGUGCCAUGGUAUGACGCUAUGUCAGGGACUGUGUCAUUGUGAUGGAUCUGUGCUGACUGAGAGUCUCGCAUUGAACAUCAGUGCUCAGUCCGUGAAUCUUGGUGCCAAGGAAC